AUGUUCGAUACAUUUGAGGAGAAGAAAUUGACGUAUGAUUAUACAGUGUACCUGAGAUAUCUACAUGUCGGUAUGCUUCAUAAGGCGGUUCAGCAAUGGUCAAGUGACACAUUGGGAGACGUCGAGCAAGAAGUCAUAUUUAACAUAGUCGGUGAAUUGUUCAAACUCUUAGUUACUCGUAGUUCGAAAAUAAUUUGUCUUUCAAUCGAUGUUCCGGACUUAUGCGUCAGCGAUAUUGGAUCCUAUCUAUGCAUUCAAGUUAAACCGUAUCCACCGGCUGCACUAAGUUAUCUUCAGGAAUUUAUUUGCUGUGGUUAUUUCGCGAAGAAAUCUUUGUUUGAGAAUUUGGCGAAAGUAGCUAAAAACAUCAAACGGAUGAGUAUUAAUCAUUAUCAGGAUGAUUAUAAAACAGUCGCAGCGAAGGGCUUUGCUGAACUGAUUGAGAAUCAAAACGGAUUAGAGCUAUUCGAACUGUCAGUCAGUGAUCCGCCGAAAUUAGGCUUUCUACCAUCAUUAGGCACUCAGGCAAAUUCGUUGACUCAGGUUAUAUUUCAGGGGAUUGACUUUGGUGAGAGGAUUGUAUUGGAAUGUUUGGUUAAAUGCAAGAAUUUGGAACGCCUUUUUUUUUGUUUUUGCGAGAACGUGACUGAACGAGUGAUCGAGCCUUUGGCAAACACGACAUUACCGAAGUUAAGAGACAUAAAGUUUCACCUAAAUUAUCGACCUCCAUUGAACUUGCCAUUACUGUUUGAGAACUCUGGCCUUACAAUAAGAUUACUACGACUUUCAUGGCAAGUAGUUGGUCCCAAUGUGCUGCCUGUCGACUUUAUUGGGAGAAUUGUUGUAAGCUGCCCCAACAUUAGUAUCUGUGAAGCAAACUUGAACAAUAAUGAUUUGAUUACAUUAUUGAAUCACUGCCAUAUUCUUGACCAGGUUGUAAUACGUAAUAGUAAUCGAUCCGAAACAAUAAUCGAUGAAUUUCUUCCAGAAUAUGGAAGACUUAUGCCUCCAACACUUACAUCACUAACUAUUUAUGAACAGUGGACAUUCUCGGCAGAUGCAUUAGAGAGGUUUCUAUCAUACAAUAAUGUUAAUUUAAGAACUUUAUGUUUUAGAUAUUCGGCACUAUUAAGAGAUGAACACAUUAAAGUUUUAAUUAGAUAUGCUGUAAGGAAAAGGACAUUGAAAGUUUUAAAUCUAGGGUACUUUUCAAAUAUUAGUAAAGAAUGCAUGGACGAACUUAAAAGUGUUGUUGAAGAUGUAUAUAAUGUUUGA